CUCGAAAGCAUGUUGUCAUUUGAUUGUAUGGUAUGCUGCACCUGCCGCAUUCUGAACCUUUAAGCAAUGCCCGGCACCGUUAUUUUUGAAAGCUAUACAAAUACUGUGUAUGCAACAAUACGUGGAAAGGAAGUCAUACUACUGUAAUUUGUAAGCUUGUUUUGAUGCUGCCAUUAUUUACGAAUGUUUUUUACCAGGGGCGGAGCCAGGAUUUUCAGCCCGGGGUGACAUUCAACAAAUUUUAAUUUGAAGAAUGAGUGAAUGGGAAAUCGGCUGUACCCCAGGCCAUUGGUUGGCGACACACUCUGACAAUGCAAUUGCACGGCGGACCGAGUGUCGUACACUUAUAACGCAGAAUGUUUCAGAUUUUUCGAUUUUUUAUUUUCUUUCGGGGGUGACAAUUGUCUUCCCUGUCACCCCCCUGCCUCCGCCCCUGGUUUUUACUAUAUACACUUAAGAUCACAUCCAUCCACUACGUUGCUGCUAAGUGUUAUUCCAGUGCAAGUGUAAAGUAUUGGAAGAAUAAAGCGCUGGUAUGUUUUUAAUACUCAAACAUUGAAAUGUGUUGAGCAACACUAAUACUGUAUAUUCAUUGUACAUGAUUCCUGAGAGAGCACCGUUCAAGCCACAUGAGAAUAGUUUUUUUUAAUAAUACUUUAAUGACAAAUGGGGUAUCGUAGAAACGUCACCGUAUUUUGGACAAUGAAAUCGGUCGGUUUAUAUUCAAUCUCCAAAUAAACUAAAAAGUAAGUUUAAGUGAAUUGGUAUUGCAUCUUUAUGAACCAUGGUACAUGGCUUCCUUUAUAGCAGACUUCCAAUCCUGAGGUGUCUCAUUCAAUCAUUCUAGUAUGUUUAUAAACUUGAAACGACAUACAGAGAAUUAGAAAGCCAGAGGGAAGGCAUUUCCAACACCCAUUCGAUACAAAUUUAUACACGCUCCUGAAAAAUAAUUCAUAAUUAUUGCUCUAUUUAAAAAAUAGAAAGCUUCAUCGGCACGAGACACUUAAUUGGCAUAAGAAAUGCUUGGUUUACAGUAUUACCCCCCCCCUCUCUCCUCCAUGGCAAAGAAUGAAAACCGCGAACAUAGGAACAUUAGGCGUGAAGAGGAACUUGAGUUGUUCUAACUGCUGAGUGCACUGUAGGAAGAGAGGCAGUCGCGAACAAGUGUCAAAGCGAAAACACUCUGGAAGGUGCUGCUUAUACAUCAACAGGAGCAGCAGCAGCAGCAGCAGCACGUCCAUCAAGAGAGACUUGGUGUUGGUGGUGUUGGUGUUGUGCGUGCGUGGAUAUCAAUUUAUUAUGUCUGCACGACAGCCGAAAAACAAGAACGUUCAAUUGUGGAAGCCCCAAGAUGUGGUUGACUGGUUCCGACAGAACCAGUUGGAAGACUGUGCCUCUGUAGCUUGGAGGAACCAAAUUGACGGGAAAGCUUUGCUGGAGCUUCAUCCAAGUGUCCUCCAAGUGUUCCCAGAAAGAUCACGCAUGAAGGUGCAAAUUCUCAGUAAAACACUUGGUGAGCAACCAAGAAUGCCUUGGAACAAAUUUAGCAGUUCAAAAUUGGUGCCAAAUCCUCCAGACAAAGAUUACACAGCACAGCCUCCAGCCCAAACAGGAGAUGUUUGGUCUGAAAAUGAAUUUGACACUGAAGAUGAUGACUAUGAAGAACCUGACGCAGACCCAAAUAUACCUCCGUCUGCUCAGGCGACACGGGUGUGUCCUUGUCCGGAGCCCUCGCAGCCAAGCAGCGAGGAUGACAGCUACGAGGAGCCCGAUGUAGAAGGACCCGAUUACGAUGAUCCGUCGAAGCUGGAGGAUGACUACGAGCAGACCCCGUGCGAGAAACAGAAGUAUCCCCCCAUCGUGGCAACAUCCAUCGGCGGCGGCGGCGACGACGACGAUAACAAAGACUACAUCGAUAAAGACUCCAUAUCGAUUAAUAGCAGCAAAAGCGCCUCUUUGGAACGUCGUAGCAAUGACGGGGAAGAUCAAGAGGACUACAUAGUUGCUGUUGAGAAUGUGCCAAACGAAGGUUGUUUUCUCAAAGGCGAGCCUUCACUGUCAAUGAGGCCAGAAACCCGACCCAAGUCACACGAAAAGCCCACAAACCAAUAUCCAUAUCCGCUGCCACCCAAGCCUGUACCUGAUCGGCCGCCUACCCUCCACAAGCCGUUCCUCCCUUCCACACCCAAACCUGGUUCAGACAACUCGCAGGCUUUCCUCAAGACCCGUUCCUUGGAAAAAUCUAUCCAACACAGCAGCAGCGCAACGAAUCCCAAUCACACUUUGCCCAGUAGCUUCAAAGUGAGCUCCCCGACUCAUCCAAAACUCUCUUCCGCCAGACCUCAUCUUCUGCACCUCAACGCGAACAUUUCAGCAGUCGUCCCUCGACCCAAACCAACUCCCAACAUGAUCUCUGCACCACACAUGACAGCUAGCCACCUGGGGGGCGCUCCCAAGUGCUCCCCAAAGCCAACUUUCAACGCAGACGCUCCGCCGUCGCAGGCCAUCCCAGGCGGGAGUGGUCCUCCCCCUCCCUUCGGACGCAAGGUUAACAAUGGCCACGGCGGCUUUCCGUUACCCAUCCCUGUCCCCGAGAAACCGCUCAAACCGAAGGGUUACCUGACCACGGGGCAUGCCACCAUGCAUGCGCCACCACCCGUCCAGGCUGGCCACAGGAGCCAGCAGCGUAAGGUCUCGCACGUGUUCCCGCCGCGGCUCCAGCAGACGCCUCACCAAGAGGGCGCCUGCGUGGACUCAGAGUCGGACACUGGUGAUUAUGAGAUCCCCAAUGAAGAAGAGAAGGAGACUCCACAAAAGAUCAACGAUCACAUGAACAGGUAUCCACACCCAACCCCACCCCCACCAUCCAGGCCUGCCCCCCUAGGGCCCCCACCUGUGGACAGGGUGUCAAAACCAAACACUGCCGGCCGUUCUCUCAUCAUGAACAAGGAGAUCCCGUCCGAGAUUAGCGCAAUGCCCAGGUCCCCAUUAUUGCCCCAGUCUUCAAGGAAACCGAGCCUGCUUUCAGGGAACCAGGCAGGCCACAAACCACACGUGUCCCCUGGCUCCAUCAAGAGAUCAGAGGAAGACCCAAGAAUGUUUGCAGGUGACACCAGCACCAAACAAAGUUUGGGACACAGCUCCUCAUUCUCAAGCCGUGGAGGAGGAGGAGCAGCAGUUGGAGGCCUCUCUCCAUCUCAGUACUCCAUACCACCCGAAAUAAACAAUUGUGAUCGAAAGACUGCAGAAGCCAUGGUGAGAAAAAAUAAUAAGGAUGGGGCGUUCAUGGUGAGGACAAGUUCCAAGGACAAAACAAACCAGCCGUACACACUCGUCAUUUACUACGAAGAGAAAAUAUUCAACAUUCCCAUUCGAUACUUGGAAAAGUAUAAUCAAUAUGCACUGGGUACAGAAAAGGUCAAAGAAGAGAAAUUUGACAGUAUUCUGGAUAUCAUUGAACAUUACAAGAAAAUGCCACUGCUUCUCAUCGGGGGACAGCAUGGCAUCAAGAAGUCAACACUUCUAAUUCAUCAGGUCAGGAUCUGAAGAUUAUCCAAGGUGCUGAGAAUGUGCUUGCCACACCUUCAUUAUAGACUGGCCUUAUGACCAAAUGCAUCUUUUUCGAUAAAUAAGGACACCACCUGCCUCGCCCAAGCUAUGCAAGUUCGUUUACAUGCAUCACGGAAGGCCAAGUAGAACACCAAUUGCAAUGAAACGAAUGCAAGUCUCGGUCAGAUGCCAUGAAUUUAUUAUGCAUAUACUUACCGCACGUGUGUCCACUCCAUUUCAAAGUAAACUAAACGUUUACUGUUAAUAUUAAGCAUCUGGGUAAUUUUAAUCUCUUAAUUUUUUACUCACACCGAGGUUUAAAAGUCUUUGCUUUGGGAUUAACCUCUAUAAGAGAUAUAUUAUGUACCAUUGCACUGUAUAGCGUUGUAUGUAUAGCUGGAUAAUGAGUGUUUUGUGCGAGUAGUUGGCAUCAUUCUGUCUUCAGCAGACUUAUUCCAGAGCAAAAUGUAUUAAGUUACUCAAUCUCUGUACAGAUCAUGUAUGCAUAGACUAUAUAUAAGAGUUACAGGAUGGCAAUGGACAUCAAAUAUAUUUAGCUAUUUUCUUCGAACAUUUAUAGUACGGAGUGGACAGCCAGGGAGAUUUUGUGGUAAUGUGAGUUUAAAAGAGUAAUGUUUACGACUAAAACAUAACAGUACAUUCUGUAGUACAUGUGGCUUAAGGGCAAAUUCCCACAAUGUCAGAGAAGUGAAUGUGUACCUCUGAGAAAACAGGGUUUUGCACCCUAAGGCUGAUAAUAACAAAAUAAGUAUAACGAAAUCAGUCAUAAGCAUAUUUGUUCUGACAUACAUUGUCUAAUGACUAAAUUAUCUUGCACAUAACCAGUGGUUUCAACCUCGACAUAGAUUUUUGCAGUUGUGCUGUACAACUCUCCAAUGUCUUUUGGAUAUAUGAUAAGCCAUUCCGCUUGAUAUCCAAUGCCUCGCUCAUCCACGUGCUCGGAGCUUUUUCAGAAACGUAAGCUGCCUCGUUCAGUUCUUGAAGGAGCUCCCAGUAGGCGGAAUGAAACAUCAUGCAUCACUCCGAAACGACACGCGGUACACGACCCCCCAAAACACAUCGGAGAGUGAUUCAUUUCCUGUGGGGGCCCGAAUGAACGAACUGUCUGCUAUUAAAGAGCAACAACGUCUGCUGCUGUGUGGUGGAUUCCAUUUCCAAUAUCUGUAAAUGACGAGAAAACCCAUCACAACGGAAUACAUUGAAUGUUAAAGAGCAUAUAUAUACACGAGGCUGUGACAUUUGCGAGAGUCGUGGUGUUACCGCAUACAUCCCAACAUUUUUUUUCCAAACUAAUCCACACCGGACAAGUGUGGUUUGAUUUUGUGACCUUUCUCAGUCAAUGGAAGUAAAUGUCUAAACUUGCAUGCAUAACAAUGAGAAACAGGUUUGUUUUCCUGUUGCAUGACAAAUACCACGUGGCAUGUUAAGUAAAGCGCUCUAUUAGCACUGAGUGAUAACGCUUUUUUUUUGGUCAACUGACAGCCCACAUUAAUCGCUUAACAAAAAAAUAAAAUACCAUGUACCGGUAACUACCAUUGACCAAACAUCUUGAUGCUGAAAUAUAACCUGCAAACCACUCAGAUGGGAUCACGGACAGCAGCAGCAAGAUCGACACGACUCGAACACUUGGCAGGACCCUCCUGAAAAGAGUCUUGAGACUCGGUGAGGCUUUUCUGGGAUAUCCAACAUAAUAAUUUCCAGAUCUGCCAACGUCACUUGUACUUGUCAGUCGUUUCAAAACAACCAUUACUCCGAUAUGAUGCAUUACUGCAUGGAUAACGAGAGAUACGAUGGAAUUGUCAUUUAAGAAAUAUAAAAAUGAACAGUAAUUACAAUUAGUCAACAGCCACAUGCCUAAAACUGAGGUGCAAAACUAUCUUUGAUGCUAUUCUUUGGGUCUUUCGGUAAAGUCACGUAGAACAUUUUUUUUACAAAAACUACUGCUUUGUUCUUCGAUGAAACGUUAUUUAGAAUGUAUGUUAUGUUGUAUUGUUCGCUUUAUUUUUACAAUUUAUGUCUAACAUAUAUCCUUAACAGGAGGCUUUUGCAUAAUAGCUUUGCGAUGUCAACGCAAAUGGUUUAAUAUUAUUGAGGUAUAAGCAAGGUAUAACAGUACAUUUAUCAUGAAUAAGGCCAUGUGUUUUCACAUUCAGCUGUUGGACAAUAAAAAAUGAAAU